AUGCUGCGCCUGUUGCACGCUGGCCUCUGCCGGAGCCCAGCCUCGGUCUCCGCCUUGAGGCCGGCGCACACCCUUGUUGGUGUCCGCACCCUCUCACAAGCUGUCCGCGACGUCCGCGCUCAAAUGAGUGAAGUGGCUCAGAGCACGCUCAAGUCAACGCAGCUCAACGUCCUGUUCGAGAGCGCCGAUGUCGUGGUAGCAGGGCGUCCUACCGGGGCCCUUGCCAUGAAUCAAUACAUGGUUGCUUGCAAGGCCCGCGCCCGCGCCCGGCACGGCUCACUCAUCUUUUUCUCUCAGCACACCAAGCAGGCCUGCUUUAUCGAUGCCGGCGAGUCGCCCAGCAUCUUUGGUCAUUGGGCAGCCACCAAUGGCUUUAGCUUGUCCAAGGUGCUGCUCACGCACGGGCACCCAGACCACGUAGCGGGUCUGCGCGAGACGAUUGACACCUUUCCUCAGGCCGAUGUCUACCUGCACGAAGAGGAUCAAGCCACCUUGAGCGAAGCCCCCGAGUUUGGCAAGACAUUUGAUUUGACCAUCUAUCCCGUGUAUUGGGAUGAGGUCCAGUCCAUCAGUGAUGGCGAUGUCUUGCAAGUUGGCAACCUCCGCUUUGAAUGUCUUCAUACUCCAGGUCACUGCGCGGGUCACGUCUGCUUCUAUGAGCGCCAGCACCAGCUGUUCUUUGCCGGCGAUACCUUGUUCAAGGAUACCGUGGGCCGCACUGACCUGCCCGGUGGCAACCGCGACCAAAUGCACCAAUCGCUGGUCUACAUCAUGUCCCAGGAACUGCAGGACAACUGCGUCAUUUUCCCCGGUCACAUGGCCACCACCACCUUUGGCCGUGAACGGCGCUUCAAUCUGUUUCUCAAGCGGCCCAUCGCUCAAGCCAAGCGCCUCAUUGCUGCCAUGGCCUCCCAGCAGGCUCAGGCUCAAUGAUGGCCCCCGACGUGCCGCGCCUCUUUGUAUUUUGGGUGGAUUUCUGACCCUCUAUCGUAGCCUGAUUUGUGAAUAUCUCUUUGGUCGUCGCAUCUUGUUCUAUGCCUUUUUGUUGACUUUGCUUUGGUGUCACGGGUCUGCAUCAGAGCCUCGCCUGGCAGCAACCUCCUGUUUUUUAGAAGGCGAAUAUCGUCUAGCGGUGUCUCGUACCUUUCCUUUUGCUGUGCUAUCGUGAUGUCACAUCGUCUUGAGUGUGUGAGCCGUGCUGCUUUGUUGCGCUACUCGCGUUUUCGAGCCGAACACUUUGCAAUGCCUCGCUGUGGUGUUAAAAAAAAAACCACUUUCACCCGCUGAGCGGGAGAUGGCUUUGAGCUGUAAUAAUUGAUGUUUGGAUGU